CCCACCCCUUCAAGGGAUUACCAUAUGGAUUACCAAGGUUAUGGUGACAUAGCUUAUAACUUCCUCAUAGGAAGUGACGGACGUGUAUAUGAAGGUAGAGGAUGGACGGUAAGAGGGACUCACACUCUCAAUUUCAACACCAAUUCUGUAGGUAUUGCCUUCAUAGGUAAUUUCAACGAGAUCCAACCUAAUAAGAAGAUGAUCAGUGCAGUUCUGAAUCUCAUCAAUUGCGGGGUCAGAAAGGGGUAUUUGACGCCUAUAAGAGAGAUAUAUGGCCACAGGGACGUUGGUUGCACUGAGUCACCAGGGAAAAAUUUAUACCGAGAGAUACGAAAAUGGCCAAACUACAAAGGAGGUCGGAUGCCGUAUUACACAUGUUAAAUUUUACGUGAUAUGAAUAUUUUCACAAACGUAUAGAUGGAGACAUUAAAAAAAAUUCGUUGAAAAAUGUGUUACGUUUGCAAAACUGACUGUAAAAGUUUGCCAUAUCUGCGAUCUGUUCGAAAUAAUGUAUCUUAUUGUUAGUUUUAGGCUUGACAGUUUGUUGUCCAUCACAUUAGAUCAGCGUUUUUCAACCAGUCUUCCUGGGAAUGUCUGUGUUCUGCAAGAAAUCGCUGAGGAAUCACAGCAUUUCAUGCAAAAAUAUUAACAUUCCGCGAUCAAAGAUUAGAGAAUCACAGUGCUCCAAGAGAGAACGCUAAGAUUCCACGAGAAAUCGCUGUCAACCAUGGUUCUCAGCGAAAACUCUCUACGAGACAUUGUGUUUUUCAAGAAAUCGUGAGUUUUCUCCAAUAAAUAGUGACGAAUAGGUUGAUCUUUCGUAAUUAUGUAGCUAGUCGAACGAUUGUAAUAUUUGUGUAAAGAAUUCCUUGAUAUAUGAAUAUUAAUUUCAGGGCUCUGGAAAUAUAAACAGUUUGAAAAACGCUGAAUCUUUGUGUACAAAAUAAAGCAUGUACCAUUUUGGCUAAUCUUUGGAAUAUGGUAACUGGUAGUUUGGCGACAUUUUGGUAAGGCGAUAAAGGUUACUAGCUAGGACUUUAGCAAUAAUCUGAGAAGUACACAGUUCGAAUCAGAUUAUUUUGU